GCGACGCAACAUCCGGCCUGCCCUGGGCUAGCGGCUAAUGCUACCGCUGCCUGUUCUGCAACACAUUUAUAAAUGAGCACAAAUCUGUUCAAUGUAAUUCACCAUGAUUUGCCUCUUUAGCUGGUCCGGGGAGCCGUAACUGUCCGGCGGAGUGUGAUGAUCCUUUGUGUCUCAUCGGCUCGGUCGUAUUUAGGUGGAAAAUAGCAGAAGCGCUUCAUUGUUAGGCGGACUUUAGUUCAUGCUCUCGCGCUCCGCUUUCACUUGUCUUUCGACUUGGGACCAUCGCUUCUUGUUCUGCUUUGUUUGAUUGUCCCAGCUUUCCCCAUUCUUUUAUUUUGUGUGCAUUUAUUACAUUCCAAAUUUAUAAAAAGGAGGCUCUGCUAAAAUUGGAAGUAAUUUUAUCCGCCUACGUUGCUAAGCUAACACGCCAGCCUGAGUAAAGAGAAGGAAGGAAGGAGUGUCUUGGCUGAUUUGUUUAUUUCUUUGCACCGUGUCCAACUUGUGAAAACAGGCCCUCGACGUUUGCAACUUUUUGUUUUGUUUUAUCUUGUGGACUUUAUUUCUGCUGCAAUGGCCUCUUCCUCGGGCAACGACGACGAUCUGACCAUCCCCAGAGCAGCUAUCAACAAAAUGAUCAAAGAAACACUUCCCAAUGUGCGAGUGGCCAACGAUGCCCGCGAGCUGGUGGUGAACUGCUGCACGGAGUUCAUCCACCUCAUCUCCUCAGAAGCCAACGAGAUCUGCAACAAGUCCGACAAGAAGACCAUCUCUCCAGAGCAUGUCAUCAAUGCCCUGGAAAGCUUGGGUUUCGGUUCCUACAUCACAGAGGUAAAGGACGUGCUGCAGGAGUGUAAGACCGUGGCUUUGAAGCGGAGGAAGGCCAGCUCUCGUUUGGAGAACCUGGGCAUCCCAGAGGAGGAGCUGCUCAGACAGCAGCAGGAGCUGUUUGCGAAGGCCCGACAGCAGCAGGCAGAGCUGGCUCAGCAGGAGUGGCUUCAGAUGCAGCAGGCAGCGCAACAGGCGCAGAUGGCUGCAGCCUCCGCCAGCGCCGCUCAGCAGGCCGGCUCCUCCCAGGACGAAGAGGAUGACGACGACAUGUGAUUCCCAGAAUUCCCCAGAAUUGCACUUCCUUACGUCUGCUCACUGUCCAGACACCUUCAUUCUCCCAGCGCUGCGCAGAGACUUAUACACGAGCUGCUGAACUUCGCACGCGGGACAAGCUUGGAUGAAAAAAUAUCUUGAGAGGCAUUUACAAGACCCUUCGGAAAGAGCGUGGCAACCCUCCUCGUAAACGUCCUGUCGAUUUUGUAAUUUGUUGAUAUGCGAUCGUGAUUUGGACAUCAAAACAAAUCACAAAUGGGGUGAACUUGAGAGAAAUAUCACUUGGGGACUUUGAAUAGACCCUUGAGAAAGAUUUUUGACAUCGGAACACAUCGUCUUUACUUGUUGAUUUUGGUAUAAGUGAUUUGUAGUUGUGAAUGGGAUGCACUGAUGGCACAGGUGUGGUGAGUGACUAAGUAAGGAGUUGCUGUACUCCAUUGUAUUGGGUGUAGGACAACGCUCUUUAGAAAAACAUCCGAGCAGAUACCGUUUGUACUUUAGUGGUCAUUUUUACAAUUUGCUUUGCGCUUUUCGGUUUGUUUCUUUGGAGAACACUUUGAGGGAUUGUGAAUACCAGAGUAGUUUUUGUUAAGUAGUGAAACAAAUGAAUCUUUUGUUAAAUCUUUAGCUCUUUCAAAUAUUUCCUAUGUUGUGCUUUUUUCUUGGCUUAGAACCACCCACAGUAUUCGACUUCACGGUUCAGGAUCAUUUUUGUCAGAUAGUACCAAAGAUGGGACUGGUUAAAAGCUCCCAUUUAGAGGAGCGGCUCAGACUUCAGGACAGUGUUAACCGUGAUGAGGGUAAGUUAACUUUGUAAAAUUCUUUUGAUAUCCUGGUUGAAUUUGUUAUUUUCCUCUUCUUGGGUGCAGUAUCAGAUAUUUGCAUUGUGACUGGUCAGUCCUCAGUGUAAAGAUGAGUAACUCUAGUUGUGAAAAACCUUCACUCGGCAACAGAAAUGUAUUCUUUAAGCAAUAAAGGAACCGUGUUUUAUAA